AUGUUCUCAACGGAAACAACUGAACAACGACGUCGCCAGACGACGCACCAACUGUUUUAUCAGCUUGUCCUGCUCGUGGGACAUGGUCUCGCAGACAAACUCCGUGCCCUCGCUCUCCAUGUGCAUCUUCAUGCUGACACACGCAAACGCCACGGCCAGCGGCGUUGGCGGGCCGUUGCCGUCGGCGCGGCGGCGGCACAGCGUCGGGUGGAUAAACGGCGAGCAAAACGUCGGCUGCAGCAUGCGCAUCGGGUAUUCCCCCACCAACCGGGCCAGCUCGCCCAGGCUAAACAUGCCGUGGUAGAGCCGCGGCCGUUUUCGCAGGCGUCCGUGGUCGCCCGGCGAACGCUCAGCAGCGGCCGUUGCGGCCAGCGACCGGGCAAUGAGAUGGGCUAG